CGUGUUUCUGCUGAUGGUGCCACAGUACGCUCGCGUGCUUUGCAUACUUUGGUUGCGUUUUUUACUCCGCUCCGGUUGCACGGUGCACGGUUGCAGUUUGCCCAUUCGUUUUGGCCGUCUCACCGAGUACGCCUUGCAAUCAGCCGGGCAGCAAACUGCCGCUUGUCGCGUAAUUUGCCCGCCAUUUUGCACCAUUCCGCGUUUCCGGUUGGCGACCCCACUUCCGGUGACCGUUUUUGCGCGCGUUUUUGCCAGCCAUUGUCCUGGCCGAAAAAAGUUAGAAGAAAAAGCGCAGGCUACGGCCGGGAAUUUCAAAUCCGAUGUCGUAAAUCAAACGAACGGCAAUUGUGCGUGUGUGAUCGGCAGGCUCUACACCGAGAGAAAGCUAAAUAAAACACCCUGUUCGAAUCGAAAACGGAUUGAAUGCCUGAUCGCCAAUACAAUUCGAUUAGUUUCCCUCCGUGUAGAACUGGUCCGGUGGUCGAGUCCCCAACAAGUGGGCGGCAUUGGGAUUAUGUCCUUGCGGGCACGGAGCAGUUGGCCAAUCCCCGGCAAAUGAAGUGCGGCAGCAUUUGAUUAUAUAGCGACUUCCGAACCGCUUAACUUGGCUGUGAGUGUGCGCGAGUGUUUGCAUGUCUUGAGAGCCCCGAACAGGACACACCGGACUCACCUAUUGAUUACGGCUCACAAUAGUACACUGCGCAACUUGCUCCUGUUGCCGCUGCUAUGAAGGCAACCUCCAGCAGCAGCUGCAGCAGUGCCGCCAGCAGCUGCAACCAGCCGGAGCCGCUGGCGACUGGCGCUGGAUCCAGUGGAGCUAGUGGAGCUAGUGGUGCCAGUGGAGCCAGCACCUCGACGAAGCCGCAGCGCCUGAACAAGGUCUCCUUCGCACCGCUGGACCUUCCGUUUCCCAGCGGAGCCACGUGAUACGCGAAUGCGAAUGCCAGCAGCAGCAUGCCGCACCACAACAUCGUCUGCGAGUGGCUGCGCACCAUUGGACUGGCCCACUACGGCGACAGCUUCCUGGAGAACGGCUACGACGAGCUGGAGAUCUGCAAGCAGAUUGGCGAGAUCGAUCUGGAUGCCAUCGGCGUCGACAACCCCUCGCAUCGCGGCAAGCUCCUGAAGAGUGUGCGCAUGCUGCGGGAGAAGGGCGCCGCCAUUGUCUAUGUCCUGAUCAACGAUCCCAAGGCACUGAGCAGCAGCAACGAGAUCCUGGCCUCCGACUGUGAUACGCCGGUGACCAUGAAGGAGCUGGAGGCGGUCAUGAAGCGCCACCUCGAGGCGGAUGGCAUACGCCUCACCGCCCAUCCGUACUCCACGCCCGAGGGCAAACGAGGCUACCUGGAGGGCCUGGCCGCCCACUACAGCAAACAGAUCAACAUGCCCUACGACGACGUGCUGGACGCCAUCGAGCAGGUGCGCCUGUCCAAGUGGAAGGAGCGCCACGUGCGCAUCUCCACGGGGCACACGCUGUCCCGCCGGAUGGCUGGGCCCAGCUGCAGCGGAACGGGCCUGGUCAGCUCCUCGGUGAUGCCCACCAGCCACAGCCAGCCGCUCUAUGUGCCCGGCAAGUACUUGCCCUCCAGUUGCCUAUCGAAUCGCGAGGAGAACGAGAUCUACAGCUACACGCAGAAUGAUUUGGCCAAUCGCAUGGCCAGGAACGCCAUCGACUCCAAGUCGGCGCUGAAUCUGAACGGGAUGCAGCACAGUUAUCCGGGAGCACGGACCAAUUUCUUUUACGACUUUUCGGCAACAGAGGGCCGGAACAAGCACAAGCAGCGGAGAACGGUCUUCCACAGGUUUUUGCAGGGCCUCCGGCAAAGUGGAGAUGAGCUGAACGCCACGGAGGGAAUGCAGUUGAAGACCAACGAACGCCUGAGAAACUGCAGCACAAUGAAACGACCAGAGCCGCAUCAGGACUUUGAAAAGACCAUACAGAGACUGAAGACACAGAAGGCGGCCCAGAAGAAGCCGGCCAGUGCUCCGCUGGAAAUGGCCAUACAUGACCGGAACAAGGAGGUGGCCCACACCCAUGUGAACGAGAUGCCGCUCAAUAAUUAUACGAAGCAUCCCUAGGAUUCGGCCCUAAGCAGCGCUGCUGCUUAGUACCAAUACCCAGGAAUACAGAAGACACAUACUCACUUAUAGAAAUUGUUGAAUCAAUCAUUAUUCUCAAUCAGGUGAUACACAAUGUUACGAAAGGCAGGAUCAUAAUCUAAAGGAUGAGGCUAAAUAGUAAAGGAAAUAGAGCAGGCCAACGAAGCAAUAUUAAUGCAUUUAUAACUAACACAUAGGAGGACAAAUAGCUAUAGGAAUCAUAUCUGCAAGUGUUGAGUUUAACUUACCAUAGGACUAAUUGAGGUACCCAACCAGAUCGCCACCCGCACCCACUGUAUAGUCACCUGACCAUUAAUGAACACUAAGCCUAGUCUAAGCAGCACUUCACCUCCCCAUUGAUCCAACAGUAUAUGCUGCACAGAGAAAGAAUCCAACUCAAAGUAAAAUCCGUGAAAUCAACUGUUAACUGAGUUCUUCGCCACAUAUAUUUACAUCUAUUCUUGCACAGUUUUUGACACUUGUUGAAAGAUUGAACCACCUUUAGAUUCUGAUGGCACCGAUUCUUGCUGUUCAUACAAAAGCCAUUAGUUGAUCAUCCUGCAGCCGUUCGCUAAUACAAAUCAAAAUCUAUGAGCAGUUUUUCUCUGUGUGCAUGCCCCACCCAACCAGAAUCAAUCUCGAAAUGCUCUUGCCCCGAAGUCUAUCGGCAAUUAUUUGAACAGCCCGAGAAAGCCGCCGCAGCAGCAGUCUGCGAAUGCAUCGACAACUGGCCGGGGGAAUGUUGACAAAACGCAAAAAUCCAACAAGCUUAACGCUAAAUCAACACGCACACUCGCACACUCGCACACUCGCACACUUGCAUACUUGCAUACUGGCUAGCACGCACACACAGUCGCAGGCAGCACACGCAAAAACACAGAUGCAGGCUGGCAAACUUGUUCUAACCGCAGACGUUGCACAGACACACGGACACCAUGCUCACGGACAGACGAACGGACGGAUGCGGAUGCGGAUUCGGGCUCGGCUCUGGCAUUUCCGUUUCAACUUGGCACUGCAUCGAUUUUGGUCUUUGGUUUUUCGAGCUGCAGCUGCUGGCGGACGGAACGGAAUCGACCUGAAGCCGCUCCGAAAUGGUCGCUCUGCUAUUUGCCUUUUUUGCAUUUUAAUUGCAUGUUGCGCCCGAAAGUAUGCAACUUGUCCAGCAGCCCCGUAGGUGUGCGAAGGCCUCUCUUUCUUGCCGUGUGUGCGUGUCGACAGUGAUGGGAAGUCCUUUGGUGUUUUUACUUUUCCGCACGCUCACCGCAAAAUGUACUUGGCAGUGUAAAGAUUUUCAAUAGAUGCAUAAAGUUUUUUAAUAUCCAUUGCUAUAUGGAGAACUUGGCAUUUCUCUAAGCCAUAAGUUGCUAUACCCGCUAUUUAUAUUUCUUUGAGGCACAAUAGCAUACCUCAUCUCUGUUCGGUGACGGAGAAUGCGAUUUGCAUUUUUGAGCCUGGCAAAGGCAUUUGAAAUUCGUUUUUAAUUUUGUUUGCUCUCUGGCCGAGAGGCAUCAAAAUGUUCGAUGGCCAUUUGCUCGCGGUUGUCUUUGUCAUUCCCCCACAGCCACCCAAAUCCAAUUCCCUGCCAUCGGCCGCACCACCAAAGAGCCAGGGAGACAUCCGGGAAAGUUCUGCCAUUUCGGCGCUGCAGCUGCGUUUAUUAUUAAAUGUCUGCGGCGCCGCGUUGAGCUGCCAGAAAAUUGAAACAUUUAGCGGCUACGUGAGUGCGUUUGCCAAGGGAUCAUCUGCGGCCAUUUCGAGGCCCGUUUCCGGUUCCGCUUGUCGCGAAACUGCAAUUAGCUUAAGCACUUGUCCCGCCGCAAGGACCAGGCCCCAAACUUCUAUGACUGCUAUGGCAGCCAUUUAAUAUUUAAUUUUUAUUCGAUGUCCCUCUAGCGUGUGUUAACGUGCAAUUAACCCUGCCAGGCUUCGAUGAUAAUUUUAUUUAAAUGGAA